AUGGCCACUGUGGAUUCCGUGUUUAGUGUAGCGGAUGGAGUCACCGCGAUGAGUGAAAUAGCACAGACUUCUGGUGUUGACCUGCUCAAGAAAUUUGGCUCGGCUGUUUCAGUUGCAGGCGACGCCGUCAAACCUUUUCUCCCAUUAAUAGCAGUCGUCACAGUAACCAUCACUGAAAUCAUAAGAAUAUAUGAUACAGCUCAGCAUAACAAAAGAAUGUGUGGAGCCAUGCAUGACCGAGUGAUUAUGGCGCAAGCUGCCAUUAAGUUACUCGAGCGUCGACAGAAAGAGAACGAGGAAAAGUUUAAGCAGCAGAAUUAUUAUGAUGCUUUUUUGAAAUUUGUAGCUUUGCUUAAGAAAAUCAGGGAUUUUCUUCAAGAUGUGAGUCAACUUAAGGGAUUUAAGAAGUUUAAAGAAGCUAGUGCCGUGGAGAUUAUGUUCACCAAAUUAGCGUCAGAUUUCGACUCUACCAUGAGCUUGCUGCAUUUUGCAGUCGCCAUUUCAACCGAAGACCAACAGAAAUUGGACAGAGAGGCUGUUACAAAAGACUUGGAGGAUAUAAAAAAUUAUCUAGACAAUAUCGCCGGUGGUAUAACGACCAUGGAUCAUAAAAUUAGCUCGGUGCUCGAGGAGAUAUCCAUCAUAAAGGACAAAGUAGCGGCCAAUAAAUCGGUGGACAAAUUGAGUAGUACUUACGAAAUACCACCUGAGGACUUAAAUGAUCCAUUCGAUCCUCGUGCUAACGAUAGUCGUGACAAGGAUAUUACAAGAAAACUUUAUAAGUUUCAGGAGGUCGCCGUAAAGAAACUUGCCUUACCCGAUAAAAAGACAGAUGACGGAUUGAAGGUUGCCAAGGAGCUUACAAUCUUGAAGUCUUUGCAAGAGGGACAACGAAUUAUAAAAUUCUACGGAACUUCAGUAGUCGAUGGUACUCCCGUAAUGGUAUUUGAAUGGGCAGAAAAAGGAUCUUUGAAAGAUUACUACUCUGUCACGAAACCUGUUGACUUUCCAUGGGAAUUGAAAUUGAAAUUAGCUUUGGACAUUUGCCGUGGUAUUGCUUUUCUUCAUGAGACUAGGUACUUGCAUCAUGACAUUCGCUGUCAGAACGUGUUGUUGACAGACGAUUUUGUAGCAAAGCUUGCAAACUUUAAGCUUAGCCGGGGAUUCAAUGAUAAAUCAACUGCGAUAAAGAUAUUUGAUCAUCUUCCCUGGUUAGCCCCUGAGAAAUUAAGGGUAUUAGGCAGGGAAGAUAAAGAAAGAGUCCCGUAUACUCAGAAAUGUGAAAUCUAUAGUUAUGGCAUGCUUCUUUGGGAACUUGGACACCAGAGAAUACCGUACAAGGGCAUGACUCCGAACCAAAUUGAAGCACAUGUCUUGGCUGAUAAGCGAGAAUCUUUCCAAUGGGAUCUUGGUCAACUCCAACAGGGAUACACCAAGAUAAUUCGUGAUGCCUGGCAAGGAGAGCCACGACUGCGUCCAACUAUUUCCGAACUAUUUUUGGAACUCAACAAACUUCAGAAGAAACAUUUCCCAGAUGCGCGUACUCCAAAUUUCAAACCGGCUACUCCACCGGCUGUAGAAAUUUCUGCACUAAGUCUAGAUACGCCAGUCCUUGGUGACACUUACAAAAAUGCAGGAGAUUCUCCUCAUAGGAAAUCUGUCUCUCUGAAUCUGCCUAGCUGUGAUUUACCGCCUGAAUUCGAGUUUGAAUUGUUUGUUCCCGUCGAGGAAAUUAUUUCUCUGGAUGAAGGCAUCACGGCACAUAGAACCAACGAUAAAGAGAAAGCUUGGAAAUGCUUCGAGGCUCACGCCAAAUUGGACAAUCCCCAGGCUAUAUAUUGGAAAGGAUACUACUUAUGGGAAGGAUACGUUGUUGCAAAGGAUAGAAAAAAAGCAGCCGAACUGUUCAAAAAGGCUGCUGAUGAUGGUAUUGCAGAUGCUCAGUUACGAUAUGCAUUCUGCAUGGUCAACAGCGAAGGAAUCAAGUUUGAUAAAGAACUGUUUAUGCAUUAUUUGAUCCUUUCUGCUGAUAAUGGAAAUCCGUCAGCACGUUAUAACCUGGCAGAUGUUUAUUUGAACGGAAAGUUGGGCAUUCCAAAGAAUGAGCAAGAAGGCGUGAGGUAUUUGAGACUUGCAGCUCUCAAGGAUCAGCCAAAAGCACGGGACAUGUUAAGGGCUUUGAAGGAAAAGGGUGUAGAUGUUGGGGAUCUUAAUGACCUUUAA